AUGGUCAAGAUUAGAUAUCCAGUAUUAGCAGCAUUCAUAUUGUCGUUGUGUGGAGCUGCAUAUUUGGGUUUUGCUCUGAUUGAUAUAGUGCAUGACAAGUUACUCCAUUUCGUCACCUUUUGUAUCCUUACUGUGGAAUUCUAUUUUAUAUUCGAUACUCAAUUCAAAUCCUUAAAAGUCAUUAGAUACCUCACAUUUGCAAUUUGUACAAUAAGUGGAAGCAUAUUUCUGGAAGUACUCCAGCAUUUAGUCAAUGAGAACCGAACAUUUGACGUUUACGACAUCCUCAGUAACAUCUUGGGCAGCACCCUUGGGUUAGUGCUUUGUGUUUGUUACCUGAAUUAUAAGAAAGGAAUUGCAAAGAGGGAGAGGCUCAAGUAUCAUAGAGUUGCCAAUAUCAAUGCUGUAGAGGAAAAUGCAGUUUUGACCGGAGAACAAGGAGAACAAGAAGAACAUACAAGCCAUAAAGUAGGUACCAGCACACCAAUUCCACUUCAAUCAAUUGUGUAA